GGUUGUAGGCGCGGCGCCAAUAAUGUCGCCACUGAUGCCAGGGGGUGGCGGUGGUGGUUCCACUCGGCGCCGUCCGCUGCGGCAGCCGCCGGUGGUGGACGACGACGACGUCGGCUGCAGCUGCCCCAAGCAGAGGCUGCUCCGCUCGCUCCUCUCCUCGCUGGUGUCCCGCGCGCGCGGCGCACUAGGCGGCGGCAGGGCGGUGUCAAGGGCCACGUCCACGCCGCCGUCGUCGUCGGCCUCCACCACCACCACCACCACCACCGCCGCCGCCGCCGCCUUCACCUCGACUACGGGGGGCGCAGCCAGCGCCACAACCGCCGAUUCGUCCGUGGAGUCGUGGGGCCUCGCGAGGUACGCCGCCGCCGCCGCCGCCACGAGCACGCUCUGCGAGGACGAGGCGAGGCGGCAGAGCAUGAGGCGGCGGCGGCAGAGGAUCAGGAGGGACAGAAGGAGGAGGAGGGUGGGGCGGGCUGCGGCGGCGGCGGAGGAGGAGGUAGGGGCAUCGGCGGUGGCGGUGGAGGUGGAGUCGGCGGCGCCGUACGAGGACUUCAGGGAGUCGAUGGCGGCGAUGGUGGUGGAGAAGGAGAUGUACGCGUGGGAGGAGCUGAACGCGCUGCUCCACCAGUUCCUGACCCUCAACUCGCCGCGCCACCACGCGCUCAUCCUCCAUGCCUUCGCUGACCUCUGGGCCCCGCGGUCGGGCCUCUUCUGCCCUCCCUCGCCGUGCCUGGCCCACUGACGUUCUGGCCCCAACUCCCGCAAAGCUAUUACUACUACUAGUCUAGUCAAGUCUACUUAACGCUAAUAAACUCAUUGUAUAAUACGGUUGAUGUUCUAGGCGCCACGACGUUCUAUUCUAGCCGUAGUACAAUCUACGUACUGUGUACGCUAACUAGCAGAACUACUAAUGGUGUGUGCGUGCCAAAGAUUAACGAAUGAAACUACCGAUCGUUAUUUUAGCUUUCAACCUCAGAAGUUCAAGUACUGGAGAUAACAC